CACAUCAGCGGUGAGAGCGCGGCUCCAGGGCCCCGGACCGUCCCCGCUGCGCCGCGCCGAGGAUGCACCACGCUCCCCGGGGCCUGAAGCACACGCACACGCACGCACCGCCGUUUACCCCCCCUCCCGCCCCCCCUCUGUCCGCCCGCACGCGCCGCUCCGUCUCACACGAGGGUUUUUUUUAACGCGAAAAAUGGCGAACGAGUCUCCGGCGAAGAGUCGGGAGAUCGACCUGGCGUCUCUGCGGGAUCCGGCUGGAAUAUUCGAGCUCGUGGAGGUGGUCGGGAAUGGAACGUACGGACAAGUUUACAAGGGUCGACAUGUUAAGACGGGACAACUGGCCGCCAUCAAAGUCAUGGACGUCACCGAGGACGAGGAGGAGGAGAUCAAGCUGGAGAUCAACAUGCUGAAGAAAUAUUCUCACCACAGGAACAUCGCCACCUACUACGGAGCUUUUAUCAAGAAGAGUCCCCCAGGACACGACGACCAACUCUGGUUGGUGAUGGAGUUUUGUGGAGCUGGUUCCAUCACAGACCUGGUGAAGAACACUAAAGGAAACUCUCUGAAGGAAGACUGGAUCGCCUACAUCUCCAGAGAAAUCCUCAGGGGUCUGGCUCACCUUCACGCUCAUCACGUCAUCCACAGAGACAUCAAGGGUCAGAACGUCCUGCUGACCGAGAACGCAGAGGUCAAACUGGUGGACUUCGGGGUGAGUGCUCAGUUGGAUCGGACCGUCGGUCGGAGAAACACAUUUAUUGGGACUCCGUACUGGAUGGCUCCUGAAGUCAUCGCCUGCGACGAGAAUCCAGACGCUACGUACGACUACAGGAGUGACUUGUGGUCCUGUGGAAUCACAGCGAUAGAAAUGGCCGAGGGAGCCCCACCUCUGUGUGACAUGCACCCCAUGAGGGCGCUCUUCCUCAUCCCCAGGAAUCCUCCUCCUCGACUCAAGUCCAAGAAAUGGUCUAAAAAGUUCUUCAGCUUCAUCGAGGGCUGCCUGGUGAAGAACUACACCCAGCGUCCUCCCACAGACCAGCUCCUCAAACACCCGUUCAUCCGAGACCAGCCCAACGAGCGGCAGGUCCGGAUCCAACUCAAGGACCACAUCGACCGCACCAAGAAGAAGAGGGGCGAGAAAGAUGAGACGGAGUACGAGUACAGCGGCAGCGAGGAGGAAGAGGAGGAGUCGUCUGAGCAGGAGGGAGAGCCCAGCUCCAUCGUGAACGUCCCCGGGGAGUCGACGCUGAGGAGGGACUUCAUCCGUCUGCAGCAGGAGAACAAGGAACGAUCUGAAGCUCUGAGGAGACAACAGCUCCUCCAGGAACAACAGCUGAGAGAACAAGAGGAGUACAAGAGACAACUGCUCGCCGAGAGGCAGAAGAGGAUCGAGCAGCAGAAGGAGCAGCGCAGGAGGCUCGAGGAGCAACAGCGACGGGAGCGAGAGAUCCGACGACAACAGGAACGAGAGCAGAGACGCCGAGAGCAGGAGGAGAAGAGGAGGAUGGAAGACAUCGAAAGAAGACGCAAAGAAGAAGAAGAGAGGAGGAGAGUGGAGGAGGAGAAGAGGAGGGCCGACCGAGAACAGGAGUACAUCCGGCGACAGUUGGAGGAGGAGCAGAGGCACCUGGAGAUUCUUCAGCAGCAGCUUCUCCAUGAACAGGCCAUGUUACUGGCCGACGAGCGAUACCGGAAGAACGCCCAGGGCUCCCCGCAGGCGGCGCCGCCCAAACCCGCCCAGCCCCCGGCGCCGCCCACCCGCUCCGAGUCCACCCACGCCAACGGGAACGCCGCCUCAGACGCCCAGGCCCAGAACCGAGCCGGAGAGCCACAGGUUGCAGUCAGGACCACGUCGCGCUCGCCCGUGUUGGCGCGGCGAGACUCACCGCAUCGCCACGGCAACGCCCCUCACAGCGGCCAACCGGGACAGAGGACCGCGGCCAGCUCGGAGCCUCGGCUGCUGUGGGAGCGAGUGGAGAAACCCGCCGCCAAACCGACCAAUCACGCGUCCCCCAGCUCCAGACUGACCAAUCACACGGGCAGCGGGGGGUCUAGCUCCUCCUCGUCCAGCUCCAGCUCUCACCCCGGCUCUCAGUGCGGCUCCGGGGACAGAGCGAGGCUCCGCUCCUCGUCCAAGUCCGACGGCUCUCCCCUCCUGAGAGCCGAGCACGCCCCGAGACAGCCCGAGGAGAGGAGGGACGUUCACCGGGACGUUCACCGGGACGUUCACCGGGACGUUCACCGGGACGUUCACCGGGACGUUCACCGGGACGUUCACCGGCCCGGGAAAGCGGCGGACCUCACGGCUCUGGCCAAAGAGCUGAGAGCCGCAGACGACGUGCGUCCUCCAAACAAAGUGACGGAUUACUCCUCCUCCAGCGAAGACUCGGACACCAGCGAGGACGAGGAGGACGAGGAGGUGGAUCAGGAGGCCGGGGAGGAGUCCACGUCUGGGCCCGAGGACAGCAAAGCAAAGUUGAGUAACGGAGAAGCUCCGUCCGCCAAGACCAUGGUCGUACGAGACGAAGGCGAGAGCGACGCAGGAUCCACCCCCUGUAAAGACAGCACCCUGAUCGUCCGCCAGAGCCAGUCAAGUCACAACAUGCAGAAACACAAGUCGUCUUCUUCGUUCACUCCGUUCAUCGACCCGCGGCUGCUGCAGGUGUCGCCCUCCACAGGCAGCGCGCUCAACAACGUCGGCUACGCCAACGCCAACGACGCUCGUCUGGCGGAGGCUCUUCGCGCCGACGCCUCCAGGAAAGGCUCCGUGGUGAACGUGAACCCGGUGAACACGCGACCCCAGAGCGACACGCCCGAGAUCAGGAAGUACAAGAAGAGGUUCAACUCCGAGAUCCUGUGUGCGGCGCUGUGGGGGGUGAACCUGCUGGUGGGGACAGAGAGUGGUCUGAUGCUGCUGGACAGAAGUGGACAAGGCAAAGUUUAUCCUCUGAUCAACCGACGCCGUUUCCAACAGAUGGACGUGUUAGAAGGACUCAACGUCCUCGUCACUAUAUCAGGUAAGAAGAAUAAGCUGCGUGUGUACUACUUGUCGUGGUUGAGGAAUAAGAUCCUCCACAACGACCCUGAGGUGGAGAAGAAGCAGGGCUGGACCACGGUGGGCGACCUGGAGGGCUGCGUGCACUAUAAAGUCGUGAAGUACGAGAGGAUCAAGUUCCUGGUUCUGGCUCUGAAGAACUCUGUGGAGGUCUACGCCUGGGCCCCCAAACCCUACCACAAGUUCAUGGCCUUCAAGUCGUUUGGGGACCUGGUGCACAAACCUCUGCUGGUCGACCUCACAGUGGAGGAGGGUCAGAGGUUAAAGGUCAUCUACGGCUCCUGCUCAGGAUUUCACGCUGUCGAUGUGGACUCAGGCGCCGUGUACGACAUCUACCUGCCCACACACAUCCAAACCCACAUCCAGUCUCACGCCAUCAUCAUCCUCCCGAACACCGACGGCAUCGAGCUGCUCGUGUGUUACGAGGACGAGGGCGUCUACGUCAACACGUACGGACGCAUCACCAAAGACGUCGUCCUGCAGUGGGGAGAGAUGCCCACCUCUGUCGCGUACAUCCGGUCGAACCAGAUCAUGGGCUGGGGCGAGAAGGCCAUCGAGAUCCGCUCUGUGGAGACGGGACAUCUGGACGGAGUCUUUAUGCACAAGAGAGCCCAGAGACUCAAGUUCCUCUGCGAGAGGAACGACAAGGUGUUCUUCGCGUCCGUUCGUUCGGGCGGUUCCAGUCAGGUGUACUUCAUGACGUUGGGGCGGAGUAACCUUCUGAGCUGGUAGACUCCGCCCCCUCCCUCCGCCGCGACCGACCGACACUGGAUCUGAACCCGGUACGAAGCCCCGCCCCCUCCCAGCCUGUCAGCCAAUCGCCUCGCGGAACGGACCUUCCCCCCUCGACCCCCCCCCCCCCUCGGUCCAGUGGGAUUCUGGGAAAGACGGGACUUUUUGGGCGUUACUACGACGACGGCGCCCACGCUCAGCCAAUCAGCUGCGCCGGUGGACUCCAGCGGGCGGGGCCUGUGGCGGUGUGGGCGGGGCCUGUGGUCGUAUGUAAAUGUCCUUCUGUUUGUGACGCUGUAAAAAAAACAAAAAACACAUUUCUACAAAACUUUAAAUAAUCCAAAUAUUCAUUUGGAUUUGAAGAAUUAUGAUUUUAAGUUUUAUUUUUACAGACCUGGUUUAGACCUGGUUUAGUCCUGGUUUAGAGACUUGGUUUAGUCUUGGUCUAGACCUUUUUAAGAUCUUGUUUAGACCUGGUUUAGUCCUAGUUUAGACCUCGGUUAGACCUCAUUUAGACUGUUUUAAGACCUCGUUUAGACCCGGCUUAUUCCUGGUUUAGACUUUUUUAAGAUCUCAUUUUCUCCUGCUUUAGACCUGGUUUAGUCCUUUUUUAAAUCCUUUUUUAGGCCUCGUUAAGUCCUGGUUUAGACCUCAUUUAGACCUGUUUUAGACCGUUUUAAGACCUUGUUUAGUCCUGGUUUAGUCCUUGUUUAGACCUUGUUUAGACCUGGUUUAGACCUGGUUUAGUCCUGGUUUAGUCCUGGUUUAGUCCUGGCUUAGACCUCCUUUAGACGUUGUUUAGACCUGGUUUAGACCUGGUUUAGUCCUCGUUUAGACCUGGUUUAGUCCUGGCUUAGACUUUGUUUAGACCAAGUUUAGUCCUAGUUUAGACCUGGUUUAGACCUGGUUUAGACCUGGUUUAGUCCUCGUUUAGACCUGGUUUAGACCUCCUUUAGACCUGGUUUAGACCUGGUUUAGACCUGGUUUAGUCCUCCUUUAGACCUGGUUUAGUCCUAGUUUAGACCUGGUUUAGUCCUGGUUUUAAUUAUUUAAAUUAUUUAAAUGUCAGAGUUCAUUUUGUGUGAUGUUUUUAUAAUAAAUAUUAAUAAAACACAUUUUAAUUUUUUUAUUUAUUAUUCUUUUUUGGACAUACUUGCGUCAGAUCCAGGUGAAGAUUUGUCCUGGAGUUGGUUUUAAAGUUUGUAGAGGUUUUGUUUUUUGUUUUUGCAGCGUGGAGGAUCUCGGGCUGAUGGACUCGUGAGGCUUUAUCGUGCGUCUAAAAUACUGUACUGAAGGAAGAAGGGGCCAGACACAGACCCGUUUAACAUAGUAUUUUUUUGAAUUGUUCUUAUUAUUAUUAUUCUUCUGAUUCUGAUUCUUCUGAUUCUUCUGCUGGCGUUUCCUUGGCGAUCGGUGUCUUGGGUUGUUUUCUAGCCUGGUCUGCUCUCUCUUUCACAGACACAGUCUGAGGUGUGUUUCAGUCAUGUGGAUGUUUAGUCCCAAAUAUUAAUAAAAGUGUCACGUGUAAAGUC